AUGGGUACAUGUACCGAGAAGCACAAGGAGGCCAUCCUGGAGCAGUGCAAGGAGUUCAUCCGUCAUGGACCGCCCCACCCAUUCCCUAGAGAACUGCAUGGCGCCUGCUGCAAGGCCGCAAGAGAUGUCCCUCAAAUGAACAUGCACUGUGUUAUCAAACUGCUCACACCUAGAGAGGAGGAGUACAGCGAAGACAAGACCGUGUGGCAUAAACUGAUUGCUGUCAUAGAUGAUAUUGGAGUGCAGGGAUGGGAGUAA